AUGAUGAUGAUAGAGCGCGACAGAAGUGGCACGUGGCGUGCCAGAAGAUCACCGCGUACGGAGACGUCGGUCUCUGUAAGGCAGCGCAUGGCGCUGGAGGAUGUCCAAACGAAGACCGUGGUAUUGAAGUGCAGUGCGUGCCUGCGCAUCACGGGGGGAUCCAGUGAUCCAGAAGAGAGCAAGUGGCUCUACUCAGUGGAGAAUAAAGGAAUCGGUGCAGUAGAGAGCAAGUGGCUCUACUCGGUGGAGAGUAAACGAAUCUGCUCGUGUACACUGCUUGAGUGCUGGGACGAGUCCAAGGGCGACGUGUGCACUGAUUUGGAAUCCAGCGUGCGCGUCCAAGGACGAGUCCUGGUUGGGUGUGAACGGGCACAAGUGGUGAAAGCUCCGGCGCAGGGUCAAAUGGAUCCUGUCGGCCAGUGA